UAUUUUUUUUCAAUAAGUUGGUAUGUGAUAAUAAUUAUAAAAAGUGAAAAAAUUAAUUAGAUGAUUUUUGACUGUUAUUGCGAAAAUUGGACAAUUUUUUUUUGUCAGCUAAUUUUAUUUUAAACUUAAAUCUGUGAUGGUUAAUUAAUUUUUAUUGAUAUGACAUGGCUGAUUACAAAAAAAGUAAAGAAUUGUUCCAACCGGAAAAAAAUUCAUAAUAACAAUACAAAAAUCGAUAUUAAUAACGGACAUUGAUUUUGUUGCGGGACAUCAAAGCCACAAAAAAGAUUGUAAAAGGAAAUCAAAAUCCCGCACUUAUUGACAGAAAAGUACCUAGUUUUAUUGAACAAAAUUUGUCAGACUUCUGAUUGGAGGAGCAGGAUGGAAAAAUUGAGUAAAUAAGUUCUAAAGUUCCUGACGUUUUCUGAUCAAUUUUUUACGAAGAAAUUCAACUCAAUUCAAUUGAACAGCUGCAGUUUAUCAUUAAACUCACCAACAUGCAAAGAAGAAAUCAUGAAAAAAAGGAAAAAAAAUUGAAGUUUCUUCUUAUCAAAUUUAGAUCAAUUCCCGUAGAAAAAUUGACACAAAAUUCGAUAAAUGAUUAUGUUAAAAGUGUAUGUUCUAAGUACAAUGACUAAAGCAUCAACUUUUUUUUCGCACAAUAUAAAAAUAAAGAAAAAAAAAUGAUUAAUAAUAUUUACACCGAAAUUUUCGACUACUUUUCAUGAAGGAAGUUAAUUACCUGGAAAAUUAUCGUGUUAAUGGGUGAAAUUUUACUAGAGCAGAAAGUUCUACCAAAAAAGAAGAAAAUAAUAAUAAUAAUUAUGAGACUAGGCGAAAUUAAAUGUCAAAAAAAACAUCAACGAGUGAAAAAAAAAUAUUUAUGAAGUAUAAGUUGACGAUUAAAAAUUCACCUACGUGUAAAAAAUGAAGAACUUUGAAAUGAAAAGUAAUAAUUAUAAAUAAAGUAAACAUAUAAACAAAAAAGGAUGUCGGAUUUUUCAGAUACUAAUAACAAUACAGAAGAAUUUUGCAGGCUUCAAUAUAACAAUUUCAGUAUUCCGGAUGGAGAAAUUUGGUGCAAUUGGGUUUGGGAUUCAAUUCUCUGCUGGCCUCCAAUAAAGGCUUCUUCUACUGUAACACAAAGAUGCCCACUAGCUAACGGAAUUGACACAACCAAAUUUGCAGAAAGACGGUGCAGUGGUGACGGAAGAUGGUUGGGAAGAAACGGAGAACGUUCAUCAAAUGGAUGGACAAAUUACACUCCGUGUUUUACUCCAGAAAUGUUACUAUUAAUUCGUAAACUGUACACCGGUGACGAGCAUGCAGCUAAGAUAAAAUUGGAUAUCGCCGAAAAGACUCGAACUCUUGAAUUCGUUGGAUUAACUACAUCUCUUGCGGCGUUACUUUUAUCUCUGGCAAUCUUUUGGAGAUUUCGGUCAUUGAGAAAUACAAGGACACGUAUUCACAAAAAUCUUUUUGUAGCCAUGGUUAUCCAAGUUAUCAUAAGAUUAACAUUGUACAUCGAUCAAGCCUUGAUAAAAUCUCAAGUUUAUGGAUUUAGUCAGGGUAUAAAUAAUGUUCCAAUUUUAUGCGAAGCGAGUUAUGUUCUCCUCGAAUACGCAAGAACAGCUAUGUUCAUGUGGAUGUUCAUCGAAGGUUUCGUCCUUCAUAAUAUGGUUACAGUGACAGUCUUUCAAGAAACUAGUCAUUAUCGAAUGUAUCGAUUAGUUGGAUGGGGACUUCCUGUGGUGAUGACAUCAACUUGGGCUGUUGUAACUGCUGUCUAUUAUCAUCCAUCAAAGUGUUGGUGGGGGUACAAUCUCACAUCAUAUUUUUGGAUAUUAGAAGGACCAAGAAUGGCAAUUAUAGUGCUAAAUUUUUUAUUCUUAAUGAACAUUGUUCGAGUAUUGGUUGUUAAAUUACGUCAAAGUCGAACUAGUGAAACUCAACAAGCACGAAAAGCCGUAAGAGCGGCUGCUGUACUUCUUCCACUAUUAGGAAUAACAAACUUAAUUUCAAUGGCUGCAGCACCACUUGAAACAACAAUUUGGUUUGCUAUCUGGUCUUACACGACACACUUUCUUACUUCGUUUCAAGGCCUGUUUAUAGCAACACUUUACUGUUUUCUCAAUGGCGAGGUCAGAAUUGCAUUGAAGAAAACAAUGUCCGUAUAUAUGUCUCUAAGAGGAAGUAAUCGGUCUAAUCGUCGGCUAUCAACAUUUAGUGGGUGUCAUUCCCAACGAAUAGCUGCAGUAAUAGAUGUCGAUGAAGGUGAAUUAAGAUCGAGGGGCUGGAUAAGACUAUGCUGUCGCGGCGGCGACACUCCACCUCCAGAUCGACGUGCCGAAACAACUGUUUGACCUAUGUAGUUUUGGCGACAAAAAAUCGCCAAAACAACAACUACUUAUUGAACAAAUUACCUCAUAUUCUUGAACUUCAUAAUUAAAAAAAAAAAUUAGGACAACGGUUGACCCUGAAGGCCAUCCCUGCAACUUCCCGCUACUUUCGUAAG